AUGCUUGCAGACCAAGCAACGCCUAAUCAGACCUUGCGACAACUGCCAGUCCUUAUUAUCGGGGGUGGCAUUGCAGGUCUUGUACUUGCCCAAGCAUUAAAAAAGCGAGGAAUUCCAUUUCUCGUCUUUGAGCGCGAUGAGGCUCCCAACAGUCGACUUCAAGGCUGGGCCCUCACCAUCCAUUUCGCACUACCCCAGCUUCUACAAAUGCUCCCAGACGAGUUACAUGACAGGUUAGACCAAGUCCAGGUGAAUCCGACGUUGAGAUAUGACCAGAGCCAUUCGAUAUUCAUCAACCUUGCCAAUUGUGAUGUGAAAUGGCGUCUGCCGCCCAGUGCUGGUACAAGAAAGAGAGUCUCGCGUGAUCGGUUUCGUUUGAUGCUGCUUGAGAAUCUCAAGAAUCAAAUGAUAUGGGGAAAGCAUUUUGUAUCCUUCGACGCUUCGGAUGAAGUUACGGUCACGGCUAGAUUUAGUGAUGGUUCUUCGUAUACCGGACUUCUUCUUGUCGGGGCAGAUGGCGGUCGUUCUAAGAUCCGCUCUCUGUUAUAUGAUAUGAAAUCACAGCCUCUAUCCCCGAUUCCUAUCAGCUUCCUUGGAACUAGCCUUGAUGUCACGGGUCAGUAUAUCCACCCAUUAUUGCAGCUGGAUCCAAUACUAUUCCAAGGAUGCCAUCCUGUGACCAAAACUUGGAUGUGGUUCUCGGUUAUGGACAGUCCCCAGAUAAAUGGUACUGCAGAAUUGCCACUGGAACAACAGCUCUGGAGGAUUCAGCUAUGUCUCUCGUGGCCCACUGAGUCUAACACUGAUAUUCCUGCGACUGACGCGGAAAGAGUCCUAAAAAUGAGAGAGCGAGCCGAAUGCUUCCACCCCCUGCUUCGGGUAAUCUUUACAGACGCUCUCCCCGACAACCACCAACCCAUUCUUAGCAUCAACUUACAGGACUGGCAUCUGCCUGCCGUGCCCUCCCCGCAUAACUUGGGUGGCCGGGUAACCGUGACAGGAGAUGCUGCCCAUACCAUGGCAAUGUACCGGGGUGAGGGGUUCAAUCACGCCCUCCUGGAUGAUUACUACCUUACCACAGCGAUUGAAAAGAUAUACGACCCAGCAGUCCCUGACAUUGCCGAGGAUAUUGCUGCAGUCCAAAAGAGCACAAUUGCUACUUUUGAAGAUAGCGCCAGACGACGUGGAGCUGGUGCAGUCAAGAUGUGCAGAGACGCUUCUUUUGAAGUCCACGAAUAUGAAACUUUGAGUGAGGCGUCGACUGUACGUCAGAAGAGGAUUCUAUAG